AUGGACGAUCUGCUAACCGGAGCAGCCGAUGUAACUCAAGCCGUUAAAAUUCAUGACGAAGUAUCUAAUCUAUUAAAAAUGGCCGGAUUUGAACUUCAAAAAUGGUCGAGUAAUUCAGAAGAGUUCCUGGAGACAAUCAAAGAAAACACAGAUAAUAAAAAUCAAUUUGAAAUAAAAUUCGAUAAAGUUAUUAAGACAUUGGGAUUAUUUUGGGACAGAGUUGAUGACAAAUUUAAGUUUUCUAUUACCUUGCCUGAUGAUAAGAAAUUUACAAAACGAAGCGUUUUGGCUGAGGUGGCGCGUCUAUUUGAUCCGUUUGGGUGGUUGGCACCAACGAUUGUAAAGGCCAAAAUCUUUAUACAAAAGCUAUGGUUGUGCACGUCUGGAUGGGACGAACCAUUACCUACACACCUGAAAGAAGAAUGGCUACAUUUUCGUGGACAAUUACCACAGCUACAAAAAGUGGAACUGAAUAGAUGGAUAUUUAUUGACUCAAAGGUUGACCGGGUGGAGUUACAUGGUUUCGCCGAUGCGUCCACAGCCGCCUACGCCGCAGUUAUUUACAUAAAAGUUGUACGCAAAGAUGAAGUGAAGGUCUCGAUCCUUGAAAGCAAAACUAAAGUAGCACCAUUAAAACAAAUUUCAGUACCCCGACUGGAACUAUGUGCCGCUGUUUUGGUGGCAAAACUGCUCUCGGAAGCUGCAAAUAUUCUGAAAAUACCAAAACAGAAUAUAUUUGCGUAUACUGACUCGAUGGUGGUACUGGCCUGGAUCGAAGGUCAACCAUUAAAGUGGCAAACCUUCGUAGCAAAUCGUGUUACUGAAAUACAGAACAGACUAGAUAAUGACCGAUGGAACCACGUGAUUUCCGAUGACAAUCCCGCAGAUCUGGCAUCGCGCGGCAUCGAACCAAAAGAACUGAAAAACAAAAACAUUUGGUGGAAUGGACCAAAAUGGUUAAUAGAAAACAAUGCAUUACCUAAAGAAAAGAAAAGAAUUUCAGAAACAAACUUAGAGAAGAGAAUACAGCACACGAAGACAUUUCAUGUGGAAAAAGAAAAAUCAGUAUGGGAAGGAUACUCAACCCUAAUUAAAACAGUACGAGUACUUACCUAUUGUAGAAGAUUCCUGAAACUAAAAGAAAAGAAAACAGUUAGAAAAGAACUACCAAAUUACUUAACAAGCGAGGAAAUGAAGGAAACUCUAAAUAAAUAUAUUAAAACGGAACAAGAAGAACAUUUUGAAGAAGAAAUAAAAGACAUAAAAGAAAAAGGAAAGAUAAAAAAAAGAAGCAAGUUACUGGCAUUAUAUCCUUACCUGGACACUGAGGGCCUAUUAAGGGUUGGGGGCAGAAUUCAAGCGGCAGACGUUCCAGUAGACUACAAGCACCCAAUAAUCAUCCCUAAAGAUACUCACCUGGCCAUGUUGUUGAUCAAAGACGCACACUCGAAGUUACUUCAUGGUGGAAUGGCCCUCACAAUGAACUACUUAAAGUCUCGAUAUUGGAUUAUUGGCUUGAAACCGUUGAUAAAGAAGCACUACCGGGAAUGUGUUAUAUGUGUGAGACACCGAGGGGCUACAGUGCAGCCGCAGAUGGGAGAUCUCCCAAGGGUUCGAAUUAGCCCUGGAAGACCUUUUCACGCCAGUGGCGUAGAUUUUGCGGGACCAAUUCAGAUGCGUGUAUCAAAGGGUAGAGGUCACAAGGCCUUCAAGGGCUAUAUUUGUCUCUUUGUAUGUAUGAAGACAAGGGCAAUCCAUUUAGAAGCAGUCAGUGAUCUGACGAGCCAAGGUUUUAUAGCAGCUUUUCGCAGAUUUGUAUCGCGUCGUGGCCAUUGCGCAGAUCUGUACAGCGAUAAUGGUUUAAAUUUUGUAGGAGCUGCAAAGGAACUAACCCUGAUGCUCAAUCACAGUAUGACAGGGGUACUCAAAGAGAUAGCAGAGAUGAUAAGUAAUGAUGGCACUACUUGGCAUUUUAUACCACCAAAGGCCCCAAAUUUCGGAGGCCUCUGGGAGGCCGGAAUAAAGGCCGUAAAAACACACCUGAUAAAAACAAUUGGAAAUUCAACGCUAACGUUUGAGGAAAUGUCAACUCUGCUCUGUCAAAUCGAAGCAUGCUUAAAUUCAAGGCCAAUAGGAAACUUAACAGAUCACCCGAAUGACAUGGUAUCAUUAACACCCGCUCAUUUUUUAGUUGGAGAACCUUUGAUAACCAUUCCAGAAAAACACAAUACCGAUGAAUUCAUUAGCCCGUUAAACAGAUGGAGAAUGCUACAAAAAAUGUUGAAACAUUUCUGGAAUAGGUGGUCCAAAGAAUUUCUACAUACACUGCAACAACGCCACAAGUGGCAAUCGAAAUCAAUCCCUCCUCAGGUUGGAGACAUUGUAAUAAUUAAAGAUGAAGAUCUACCGCCAACUAAAUGGUUACUAGCGAGAAUUAAGGAAUUACAUACUGGACCAGACGGUGAAAUAAGAGUUGCAACACUUAAAUGUAAAAAUUCUACACUUAAACGUCCGCUAUCAAAAUUGAUUUGUCUACCUAGAGAGCAGUAG